AGAGGGGGGAAAAAUCUUCUAAAUCAGUCAGAUUUUGACCGCCGGAAGUGGUUUGGAUAAGUCUCGCCCUCUCUUCUCUCUCAGCCUCUGCUAUGGCGGCGGUGUCUUCGGACUUGGCCUCGGCCUUCUUCGGACUCGCGAUGCGGCACGCUGGCUUGGGCCGCGGCGUCCGGAACUCAGUCCUGACGUUCCCUCGCUUACGGGCGUCUAAGCCUCUCGUCGCACGGGCAUUUUCUGCCGGCGGGAUAGUCAACUCCGGCUUGGGACGGCUCUCAAUGGCGAUGAGAUCGCGGUGCGUUUCCUGUCGAUUCGCCGCUUCCGCUUCUGCAACAGAGGGAGAAUUAGAUGUCCUGACCAAGAUUCCGCCGGACGACCGCAUCCCUGCGACCAUCAUAACGGGGUUCCUUGGCUCGGGGAAGACAACAUUAUUAAAUCACAUUUUGACGGCUGAACAUGGAAAGCGCAUUGCAGUCAUUGAGAAUGAGUACGGGGAAGUUGAUAUUGAUGGUUCCUUGGUUGCUGCCAAAGCUGCUGGUGUUGAAGAUAUAAUCAUGCUUAAUAAUGGUUGUCUUUGCUGCACUGUUCGGGGUGAUCUAGUUCGCAUGAUUGGUGAAUUGGUUGAAAAGAAAAAGGGCAAGUUUGAUCAUAUUGUAAUAGAAACUACAGGCUUGGCUAAUCCAGCUCCUAUCAUCCAGACAUUUUAUGCAGAGGAUACGAUUUUCAAUGAUGUCAAGUUGGAUGGUGUUGUUACUUUGGUCGAUGCAAAGCAUGCAAACUUUCACUUGGAUGAUAAGAAGCCCAAAGGAGUAGUGAAUGAGGCAGUUGAACAGAUUGCUUAUGCUGAUAGAAUAAUUGUGAACAAGAUUGAUCUCGUUGGGGAGUCUGAGGUAUCCUCCUUGGUCCAGCGAAUAAAGAAUAUCAAUGGUAUGGCUUAUUUAAAGCGGGCAGAGUAUGGAAAAGUUGAUUUGGAUUAUGUACUUGGUGUUGGUGGCUUUGAUUUGGAAAGGAUUGAAAGUGUUGUGAAUUCUGAUGGUUCAGAAGAUCAUCAUCAUGCUCAUGAGCAUGAUCACCAUCAUGAUCAUCAUCAUCAUCAUCAUGAUGAACAUGACCAUGAACAUAAUCACCAUUCUGAUUCCCAUUCUCACGAUCACACCCAUGAUCCUGGUGUUUCAUCUGUCAGCAUUGUCUGUGAAGGAAACCUGGAUCUUGAGAAGGCAAAUAUGUGGUUGGGAAUGCUAUUGAUGGAUCGCAGUGAUGACAUAUAUCGCAUGAAAGGCCUUCUGUCAGUCCAUGGUAUGCCUGAGAGAUUUGUUUUCCAGGGAGUUCAUGACAUUUUCCAGGGUUCUCCUGAUAGAUUAUGGGGCCCAGAAGAGCCUAGAAUUAACAAGAUUGUGUUUAUUGGGAAGAACUUGGAUGCUAAGGAAUUGGAGAAGGGCUUCAAAGCAUGCCUGCUGUGACAAUAUUUCCCCACUUGAAACUCCUUAACUUGUUGAAGCACAAGAAGAAUGAUUCUUCAGUUCAGCCUCAAAAUUUUUGAUGACAAUAUUUUUUGUUUUAUGAAAAAGGAGUUUGAGCAGGAACUGAAAUAUUUGUUGUUUUUCUCGAGUUGUCUCAACUAGUACGAGUUGAAAAUCUAUGUAAGAUGCGAGACGCUAUGCUAGGGACAAUGUGGUUAUUGACUGUUUAUGAUGCAGUAAAACGUGGAUUAUGUUCU